GUUCCGCUAGACUAAGUCACCCCAGACCAGGUCCAGACAACUAGGGAAGCCUGAAGCCACUGUAGUGAUCUGAACUGGACAGUUCCAACCUGCCUUCCCUGCCAGGCUUUUCACUCAGAAAUCUGCUGCUGCUUCUGUACCUGACCCCUGUGAGACUCCCCCAUGUGACUCCACGUGGCCUGCUGCAGCCCUUCUCCUGGAACUAACCAUCAGCAUGAGGUCCCUGCUGCUGCUGGCGGUGAUCGCGGCCUUUGUCUUAAUCGAGGCCCAGGGGAGUCUUAACAAUUUCUGGGCGAUGAUCCUGUUGAAGACGGGAAAAAGAGCUGAAGUCAGUUACGCCUUCUAUGGUUGCCACUGUGGCCUGGGUGGCAAAGGAUCCCCCAAGGAUGCAACAGAUCGGUGCUGUGUCACCCAUGACUGUUGCUACCGGCGUCUGGAGAAACGUGGGUGCGGCACGAAAUUGAAGUACAAAUUUACCUACCGAGGGGGUAAAAUCAUCUGUGCUGCAAACCAGGACUCCUGCAGGAGUCAGCUGUGCCAAUGCGAUAAAGCUGCUGCCGAGUGUUUUGCUCGAAACAAGAAGAGCUACAGUGUGAAGUACCAGUUCUAUAGCAAUCUGCUGUGCCAUGGGCAGGCACCCCGUUGCUGAGGGGCCCUCUUCUGUGACACCUUGCCAUUCCAUGUUGAGUCUCCUCUAAUUCCUUCUCUCCCUACUCCAACCAACUUCCCAGGAAUCACUCCUCUCCUCUCCUUCCUAGUGCAGUAGAAGAGCCCUGCUGUCCCCACCCAAGUUCCUUGUGUCUCUUCUG